AUGGUUGGUUUGGCCACUUUAAGUUGUGUCGUUGAAUUACUACCACCCACCGUUGCCAGGUUUACCCAUCAGGUUGACCCAAGGUGUCCCACCCACCACUAUUUGGAUCAGUAUUACACUAGAUGGAUCAUGUUGGAUGGUGAAGCAUCCGGGUCUUGUCCGAUUAGUGAUUACCUGUUGCGGCUGUGUUGGCUGUGGCCCAGGAAAACAAGUGGGUAUAAAGAGAAGUGUGGGUGUGUGACAUCACAAGUGGUACCUGGGCCACAGCCACAGCCGCAACCAGGUAACACUAAUGGACAAGACCCGGAUUCUUCACCAUCACAACAUGAUCCAUCUAGUGGUAAUACUGAUCCAAAUAGUGGUGGUGGGACACCUGGUCAACCUGAUGGUACACCUGGGCAAGGUGGUGGUAGUAAUCCUAGUGGUAACCCCACGAAACCUCCAGAAAAUAUGAAUUGUGUUGAGGAAGCGGCAAAUGAAAUAAGAAAAGAAGCAGAAAAAACUGUGAAUAGUGUGAAAGAUAAAUUGCAAGGAAAAAAAACAGAAGAUGUAUAUAAAACAACACAGAACGAUGGUUGGAAUAAUAGUGAGAUAUGCAAAAUCAAUGACAAUAAUGCAGGACAAACCAAUACAUGUAAUAAUAAUGAAAAUCCUUUUGAUGUAGAAAAGGAAAAAUGGGAUUGUGACAACGACACACUUAAAGUGGCCAACCAACAUAUAUGUUUACCUCCGAGAAGGAAACAUAUGUGUCUAACACCAUUAGAAAAUAUAGACACACAAAAAACCACAACUUCUGACGCGUUAUUUAAAGAAGUUUUGCGUACUGCUGCUAAUGAAGGAAAACAUUUGAAAGACAAAUGGGAUAAAGCAAGUGAUCCCAAGAUGAAAACCCAAAUAUGUGAUGCUAUGAAAUAUAGUUUUGCUGAUAUAGGGGAUAUCAUACGUGGUACAGAUAAAUAUAAUGGUAAUAAUAAUCAAAUAGAAGAAAAUUUAAAAACAAUUUUUGGAAAUAUUAAAGGAACACUUGGUAGCAACAAGAAUUAUGAAAAUGAUAACGAACCAUAUACCAAACUGAGAGAAGCGUGGUGGUCGGCCAAUCGUGACCAAAUAUGGAAAGCUAUGACAUGUUCGGCGCCAGAUACGGCCGAUCUGUACACACGUAAUUCCAGUGGCGAAUUUAGUUUCCACCGUGUGAAGUGCGGCCGCGACUCGUACGUUCCUCCAGACGAUUAUAUUCCACAAAAACUGAGAUGGAUGACCGAAUGGUCCGAAAGUUAUUGCAAACAGUUGGAAAAAAACUAUUGGCUUCUGAAAGGUUUUUGCCAGGUAUGCAAAAAACAUAAAGAAAAAGUAAAAAACAAAGAUGCAGAAAAAGCAGCAUGUACUUUUUGUUCAAAAAGUUGCGAAGUAUAUAAAGAUCAUGUUGAAAAAUGGAAAACUCAAUGGGAAGAACAAGAAAAAGAAUACAAUAAAUUAUACAAACCAAAUGGUGCUAGUAGUGGUGACCCAAUUAAAGAACAAGAAAAAGAUUUUAUGAAAACAGUAAAGGAUACAAACGGUAUUCCCCAUUGCACUGGUAAAAAAUAUGCGACAAUACCAAUUAUGAUACCCUUCGGAAAUCCAAAUAAAUAUGAUAAGGAGUGUGAAGAGGAUACGAAGCAGACAAACCUAAAACCGCCACCUGGAGCACCAGGAUUUCCUCCCACCUGCAUCGACAACCCCUGCUGCACAAAUAAUGUGAAGAAGGUGAAGGAUUGUAUUAAAGCUAAUGAGGAAAAAAGAAAAAGCCAGAACGGAGAUUGUAAUGAAAAAAAAGGAGAUUUUGAUUGGAAAUGUGAAGAAAGUGAGUUUAAAUCUGGUGAAAAUGGAGCAUAUUAUAGGGAUUUAUGUUUAAAUAAAGAUAUAGGUAAAAAAAAUCCAAAUGGGAGCAUAUUUUGCAAGGAAUGGAUCUGCGCACUAUCAAAUACUGUAGGUGAUAGUGAAAAAGACGAGGUUCAGCAAAAACUCUGA